UCCCAUGUAUUGCGAUUGGUUGGUUGUGCCGCACUGCAACCACAUAUUGUUGAUAAUAGUGAGGGGAAAUCCAAGCCGCGCGGGUAUCAGAAACAUGCCGUUGAGCAUGACUCACCAUCGAUAUAGCGCACACAAAGCUUCGGAGGCAUCUCUUUAUCGUUUCUUCGCUACAUCAUGUGAUUUGUCCUAUUAUAGCCAUCUCUAUACGCAAUAUUACAUAAGUUGAGGUCGUACUCAGAUGCAGUGAGACUGCAUGUACCCGCGAUCUCAAGUGGUGGCAUCAACCCCGCAAGGCUCGACGACUCCCUCGUCCAUCGAUGACUGAUAAUUGUACAAUAUGCGUUUGUGUUAGAACUUCGGUCAAAUCCCCUUUACCGCUGAAAGCAAGAUGCCACCUAAAGCCAAACCACAUAUUGCUACCAAAUGUACGGAAAGCAUAGCGGCCCUACAUCUACUUCACUACGUCCCAGCUCAACCAUCCUCGAACUCGGUGACAAGUAUCCAAUCCAGGGAAGCCGGGUAUUCUAUCCCUUUUGAGGACGAGCGUCGAUUAGCCAGCACUCUUGCUUUCCUGUCAUGUAUAGAAAAUGAUCCGGACCAUAUUCCUGCAGUGUGCAUACACAGCACACGGAAUGAAAAGUUCUUGAAGGUUCUACUUGCCGUGAAUAGGAAAGGAGGGCUUGCUGAAGGAUGGAAACAGUAUGCGUCGGAUGUAAAAAGGGGGUUCGACCGAAUCGCAGCUAUUCUCAAGCACGCCAAUGAUCUUUCUCGAGACACUGAACAGAAAGUAUUCACCGAAAUCAUCCAACUCUGCAAGAGUCGCAUCCUUGACCGGCUUCGUUUUCAAAGGAAGAAGAAAGGUCGUCAGAAAAGCAAGGAGGGAACGACCAUUGCGGGCGGUCUCAAGCCAGUAGUGGAUUACCUCCACAAUAGCCCAUCUAAGAAUGAGAAGCUUUUCUUGGAGCGGGCAAGACAAGUCCUGAGACUUGCUAGUUCCUGGACGAAACACUCGACUGAUCAAGAAUUGGAAAACCUGGUUGAUGCUAUAAACUCCCUUAGACAAACCGAAGAAUUUGAGGCUAUACUGGAAGCAGCCUUUCGUCGUGAACCAAACUUGCAAGUACGGUUCUAUCUGUCGAACAUGAUCCGGAAAGUUUCAAGAUAUCGCGAAGCUGCUAGAAUUCUACGUCGGCUAGCACGCAAAAGUUCCCAAGUGCGACAAAUGCAGAUUGUUAUAGUUGAAUUACCAACUGAGGCAUUCAAACGUCCCACAACCGACAGCAACUACCGCGCAAGCAUCCAAUCUACAAUAUCUAGAGUUCAGAACCUGAAGGGCAGGCUGAAAGAUGUUAAUCAAAUCUGUAAACUGCUCCAACUAUCAAGAGUGGAAGCAAAUGGCCAGUUUGAUGAUAAGUUCAAAGACAUCUCGAAGAACUCGAAAGUGCAUGCUGAAAUCCAGCUUCUCUAUUACUGCGAAACCACAUUACAAGGAAAGCCCUUACCCCGAGUAAUCUGCUCAAGCAAGAGUGCAUGUUGGCUCUGUAACGAUUUCAUACUUAUGCAUGGCAAAAUACAUACCCCACGGUCUCACGGAAGACUAUACCCAGGAUGGCGGCUACCUAAUAUUAUUCAAAGCGAGUGGUGCAGUGAUAUCGCAGCAAGAUUUAAUCAACGUCUUGAAAACAAGAUAGCAGAAAGUCUAAAAACUUUGCAUGCAAGGAAAAAGCAAACCAAUUACCCUGAACCCAUAGAGAGCGAGUUAAGUGUAGUAACUUGGCUAUCUUUACCGAUACAACCAAAGGGCCGCCUACUUUCAAACAAUGUCACCGGAGGCAAGAAGACAAAACAACUCGAAACCGUCUCCCUGCACGAUUCCCCCAAACAGUCUGUGCUAGUGACUGUGGUAGAAAAAUCUAAAGCCCCUUCGGAGGAGAGAUCAUCAAUUGAUGAUGCAGAACUCGAAACUCUCGCAGGUAACGAAAACACUUCUCCCAUAGUGCUCGCGGCAGUCGUGUCUAUAUCUUCGGGCUCUCCGGUCGAUGUCUGCACAGCAUCAGCAGACACGAGCCCAAUACCUCAGGAGUCUCCGAUCGCUACGCAGGGCUCUUCAGCGACAACAUCCACCGAGACAAAAACUCCUAACGAACCAUCGCCUCGUCGUAGCGCAUCCCCCGUAUCCCCAGACGCCGAGCCAUCCACGGGCUUCGCACGGAAUACUUCAACGGCAUCAUCAGCCCCUCCUGAGAGCGCGACCCAACAGCAAGCCAGGACGUACAGUGUAGCACGAGGCGAAAUCUCAUCAGUGUACAAAUCAGGUCCUUUGAAGCUCCAGUUCGAGUAUGCCGGCAAACGCAAUCAUCAAAUACAGGGUGAAGGCUCCUCCUGUAAACAGCUCUCCUGUACAGCGGAAUGGCUUUCAUCUGGAGACAUUGAACAGCUUAAGACGCGAGGUGUUAUUGCUAUUAAUCUCGACACUGUGACUGCAGAGGAAAUUGCUUACAAGACAGACGACGAGAACAAUAUGUAUCUGAGGCAUGAAGAAGGGGUCCUUAGGUUGAAGAUGCGGCCAGCUUGAUGUCUUCUUUGAAGAUUUGCUUUGAAUGUGCACCGUGUUUCUCAUAUCUGUUCAGAGGUGCUUGAUAUGGUUUUUUUCAGCCACAGUGAGCUGACUAUCACUCUAGUGAUUAAUAUUUAGCCCAACAUUUAAAUAAUUUUGGCCAUAUAGAAUAAUAGUUUAUCCAUACCUAGUCAGUUAUUUAAGAGGUCAUGAAUGCGU